ACCACACUACCGCCUGCGCCAUUUUCCCCUCUCGCCGAAGAACAACAAACGAAGAACAAGCUCCAUUGUCGGACAUCGCUCUGUUUGCCGAAAUGGCAAUGUGAAAGUGUGCCGCGACCCAGCAGCAGCCAACCAAACAGUGCAUCCAGCCAGUGCACUGAGUUACUUCUUAAUUCAGCAAACAUGUCGUCCUUUGUGGAAACCCUCAGCUCUGCUGCAUCCGACAGCACAAUAGAAUUCGACGCUCUCCUAGCAUCGUCACGUGCCCCAUUUGUGACCAACAACAGCCACUAUGACCACGAUGAUGACAAACUCACAGUUUGGCCUGGAAGACAUGGAGGCCCUUCUCUGGGCGCCUUCCUCUCCCAUGGCUGAUGCCUUGGAAUCCCUUUUCUUUCACCCUGACCAAGAAGAACAUCAGGAAGGAGGGGGGACCUCACUGCAGGGGGACACUUCACCGGUUUCGCCCCUCACCUCCUCGUCACUGUCUUCUUCCUCCUCUCCUCCUCCCUUCUACUCUCCUCCUCCCUCGCCACCGGCCGUCCUCCUCCGUGGGGACAAAGCUGGGAACGAGCCUGACCUGCUCUCCCUCCCCUGGUUGGACUACCCUGAUCAGCUGAGAUGUAGCCAAAUGGUCUCAGAUGACGGGAAAGAGGACAUGCUUGGUGACCUGGACUGGAUGACGGAGAGGGUUGAUUUGAGUUUGGGGUUUGACCUGGAAUCUCUGAUUGGAUCCUGUGGUCCUACUGAAGAGUCCCCCAGCUCUACAGAAGACCUCCUGGCCUCCCUAGAUUGCCCAAUGGAGCUUGACUCCCUCCCAGGGCCCUCUCUCUCAACGCCCGUGCUCUCGAGUCUUGCCUCUCCUUCUCUUCCAAGUAUUCCUCCCACUUCCUGCCCCACGCCCUGUGAAGAUGCUUCAGUCAUUAUGGUGAAUGACUCAGAGUCCUAUAUUGAUGAGCAGGAGGCCCCCUCCCCUCCCCUGUGUGUCCCAGAGCCACAAGAGGAGCUUGAAAUCAAAUCGGAGCCCUCUUCUCCUGACCCAUCCUCCCCCUUGGUUGAAUCUCCCUCCUCCCCAGUCUACACCCUGGACCUGGGCAGUGAAGUGGAUGUCUCAGAGAGUGAAAUAAAGCCAGUGUUGGCUGCUGUGGUCCCUCAGAUCCCAAGGUUCGUAUUCUCCCGUAUUGUCCUCGUGCUGGCUCCCAAAAAUGAGGUUGGGAUCACCUCCACUACUGUAACCACCACACCAGACGCCAUUCUGUUGUCCCCUGCUGCCUCCCCCCCAGCCUCGCCUCCACAAAUGUCCUCUCGAAGCAGACCAUACCCCGAGCCCAAUUACACAGCCAAUCCACCCUCCCCCUGUUCCACCAGUGUCAAAGUCAAGUCCCCCCGGGGCGCAGGUGGUGAUGAAAGGAUAGUUUUGAAGGCGCCAAAGGAGAAGAAACUGAAGAAGAUGGAGCAGAAUAAGACGGCUGCAACACGUUACAGGCAGAAGAAGAGGGUCGAGCAUGAAUCGCUUACUUCAGAGUAUUCACUUCUAGAGAGGAAGAAUAUUGAGCUGACGGAGAAGGCUGAAUCCAUGGCCCGGGAGAUUGAGUACCUCAAAGAGCUGAUGGUGGAGGUCCGCCAGGCCAGGAUGACAAAAGGUCUCAGUCCCGACCCCUAGUGGUUGGACCCAAGUAUGACAGACUGUAACAGGAAGUGGAUCAUUGAAAAAGUGAUUGAUUUUUAUUUUUAAUGCAAAUGUGUAUCAGUAUAUUGUGAGUUCUGUCAACACAUGAAAAUUAUGUUUGCCAGAAUAUCUCCUCUUAAAUAUCUAACACUGGUAUUAAAUAUAGAGACGUUUUGUCAUGUUUAGAGAAAUACAAUUUCCUUUUAAUAUAUCAACUUGUGUGCUUUUUUUCUUGUAUGUAUUUCCCAUAUAUCUGGACCUCAGUGACACCAAUAUGUCUUUUUAAAGUAAAAAAUGUGUGUAGUAUAGUGUAACCAGACUACCUGUAUUCUCAAACUCUGAAUAAAGAGUCUUAAAAAUGUCA